UCUCAUUACUUGACAGCAACAAAGAGAUGAGGAGUUCCAGCAUUAAAAGAGUUCAAUGAACCCAACCCUAAUGCCAUGUAAUGUAUCAAAAUUAACUGGCUCCAUGCAUCUUUCUAAACAAGGCUCUGGUGAACAACCCGAGGAUGGGCUGAAACGUCUGCUCUGUCGCUGCCUAAUGUAACCGUCAGACGCAGCCGCACAAGCACUGCCACCAAGGCAUUUUAUGUCAGCGUCAUUAUUUUCUUUUUGUGACCUUGGAGCGAGUUUCACCGUACCUCUGAAAUCCUAGCGCAUCCAAUCAUGAAUACGCUACACUCAAGCAUAUUGGAAAAUGAAGAUAAGAAGGUCUUCGAUGAACUGGCGGAACACGUUCUCAGUGUUUCGGACCGGAUCUUCCCACCGGCGCCGCCUGUCGACAGCUCUCAGACAACCUUCACUGUUAGCGAGAUGGUUGUGGCGAGCAAAGCCGGAUCUGGUUCAUUUCACGAGGAAAUAGUUGUCUGUCCAAAGGCUCGGCUCUAUGAAACCACAGUAGAGAGACCAAAGGUCUUCAAGUGUCGGUGCUGCUGUGCGCGCGAACCGCAUUCAGACGACUUGACCUACAAGCUUAUAAAAGGAAAAAGCCUUCUCAGAGAGGAAACAAAUCUUGGUGGGCUGCGCAAAUGGUGUAUUAUGGCAUUGAAGCCACAAACACCUGAAAUUGUUGUUGUGAAACUAUCAGAAGUAUCGCCAAUAUAUAUCAAAUAUGUCCAGGCUUUGUCAAAGGUCAUCGCGGCUGCCAGCCUGACUGGCCGUGUAGCUUCGAGGAUUCCCGUGAACCUUGGCCUGAGCCCAACAGUCGAGUCUAGAGCCACAGAAAUGAUCCAGAACGACUGGGGAUUCCCGUCUACUAAAAUAGUUAAAGUUACUUGCGAGUCGGUCAACACACAGAUGCUUAUGAUAAAGCCGCCACUUGUUGCGUUGAAACACUUUUUCGAAUGGCAGCUUUCCCUCAAGGAGAUCGAUUCAGAUGAGAUGGCUUCAAAGCACCUUCACCCUCAGUCCUACUUCUGUGUCUUGGUAUGGGGUUCUCUCUCAGGGGAGAAAGACUGGGAAGUACGAGUUGCCGCAGAUACACGGAUAUGCCAUGAAACCAACCCUCUUGGUAGACUUGUCGUUACUCUCCAGAAUACAACGAUAGUCCAAGCUGUAACCCAGAACAAGAUAGAAGCGAGUGACGUGCAUUUUUACUUUGACCUACGUGAAGACGCAGAGUUAUUCACUUCUUAUGUGAGAGCUGCUCAGGACAGACUACGGCACAUGUUCGUCCGAGGCCCAAUGGGGGACGAAAGAGUAGUGUAUUUGAGGGAUUUUCUAAUAACCACCAAAAACGACUCCGACGACAAAUUACGAUUUAUCAUUGUAUCGUCACAACAGGUUGAAGAACCUAAACAGAGAUGCCGCGCGAUAGUAUCGCGGGGCAAGUAUGUAAGCUCAGUCUGCUUCGAAUUCAAUAUCAGAGUGCUAGACGUAGCGCAGAGAGGCGUCGUCAAGUCUCUCCCAGACCUGAAGGUAUGGACAAGUGACUUUGAUACAAAUGGGAAGUCUGUUGUCACGCAGAUGACCUGGGAGGAACUCGCCAAAAGGGGAGCUCAACACAGAGGCCUGAGAGCCACAUUCAUCAAGAGUGAACACGAACGUACAGCAGGUGACUGGCUCGAUGAAGUGGAUGACUUGAUCAGAGCUAUGCGAGGAGACAGGAAAGAUGCCUACGAAAGAGUCAAGAUCGCCAUUAUCGAUUCUGGUCUCCAUGACAGAGAGAGGGGUCGUUACCAAGCUGAGUAUAAGGACUUUACUGGUCAGCCUAACAAUGACUCGUGGCACGGUACUUGCUGUGCUGGGAUCAUUCAGGGAAUGUAUGAGGAGGCCAGGCUCUAUAUAGCAAGGGUUUUUGAAAGGGACCAUGCGGAUGAGAUUGAGGGGCCACUUCGAAUGGCGAGAGCUAUUCACUGGGCUAUCGAGCCACCUCGCUCCGUCGACAUUAUCAGUAUUUCGGCUGGUUUUCGCAACUACUCCAAAGAAUUAGAUGACGCCGUGACGAGAGCCAAAGCCGCGGGUGUUCUCGUGAUAGCUGCAGCGUCGAACUGGCAAAACACAAACACUGUCGCAUUCCCAGCUCGCCACAACCUCAGCACCAUGUGUAUAUACUCGACUAAUACAGGCAACCAAAGCUCAGGCUUUAACCCGGAACCUCGUGCUGAUACACCGAACUUUGCUAUACUAGGCGAGGGGUUUCAGCAUCCGGACCAGAGGAGGAACGAGCGAAUGAGUGGAACUUCAAGUGAGGACCGCAUGUCUUAAGGAGAGUGUACUUGCUGAUUGUGAACAGUGGCAACGGCUGUUGCGGCAGGACUUGCUGCGAGAAUCGUCGACUUUUCACGACAGAUGGAUAACAAGGCGUUGAUCUUUAGAGCACAAGAUGUAGGCAAACUGCCUGGUAUGCUGGCAAUCUUCAGUGCUAUGUCAAAGCCGGCUGGGAAUCUUAGAUACAUCUCACCGCUGGAGUUGUUGCCCUUGAGGCAUGGAGUCAACCGGGAGGCGGAUAGACAGCGAGUGAGGGAGGUUCUAUCGCAAGCGAUGGAGAGAGCAAACUAGCGGUAUACUUAUAUUCAUGA